CAAGAUGCCGAAAGGAAAGAAGGCCAAAGGGAAGAAGGUGGCUCCGGCCCCUGCUGUCGUGAAGAAGCAGGAGGCCAAGAAAGUGGUGAAUCCCCCGUUUGAGAACAGGCCUAAGAAUUUUGUCAUUGGACAGGACAUCCAGCCCAAAAGAGACCUCACCCGCUUUGUGAAAUGGCCCCGCUACAUCAGGUUGCAGAGGCAGAGAGCCAUCCUCUGUAAGCAGCUGAAAGUGCCUUCUGCGAUUAACCAGUUCACCCAGGCCCUGGACCACCAAACAUCUACUCACAAGUACAGACCAGAGACAAAGCAAGAGAAGAAGCAGAGGCUGUUGGCCCUGGCCGAGAAGAAAGCUGCUGGCAAAGGGGACGUCCCCACUAAGAAACCAUCUGUCCUUCAAGCAGGAGUUAAUACCGUCACCACCUUGGUGGAGAACAAGAAAGCCCAGCCGAUGGUGAUUGCACACGAUGUGGAUCCCAUUGAGCUGGUUGUCUUCUUGCCUGCCCUGUGUCGUAAAAUGGGGGUCCCUUACUCCAUUAUCAAGGGGAAGGCAAGACUGGGCCAUCUAGUCCACAGGAAGACCUGCACCACUGUCGCCUUCACACAGGUUAACUCGGAAGACAAAGGCGCUUUGGCUAAGCUGGUGGAAACUAUCAGGACCAAAUACAACGACAGAUACGAUGAGAUCCGCCGUCACUGGGGCGGCAAUGUCCUGGGUCCCAAGUCUGUGGUUCGCAUCGCCAAGCUCAAAAAGGCAAAGGCUAAAGAAUUUGCCAUUAAACUGGGUUAA